UUUUUUUUUCUUUUUUUCUUUUUUGUAUGGAAAUCACGGGUUAUUUUUCAGUCACUGGUGUGUUGAUGGCACUGCUCUGCAGUUAUGUCAUCUUGGGUCGAUUGCUUGGAAUGUAUUUAUUUGACAAGUCGGGACAAAGGGCAAGGGUGGUGGUGCAAGUAGUCGUGUUGGGAGAUAUAGCAAGAUCACCUCGAAUGAGAUACCAUGCUGUGUCAUUAGCAGAUGCAGGAUGCACUGUGGAUCUGAUUGGAUAUACGCAAACAAAUCCUGGAGCGAGAAUUAAUGUGCACCGCAACAUUCGCGUACGUCCGGUGAGACAGCCUUGGUCGAUACCCAAGGGCUGGCCCAAACUUGUCUAUCUGUUAUGGGCACCCGUCAAGGCCAUGUGGAUGACGGUUCAGUUAUUUUGGAUCAUGGCCUGCAUCACACAACGACCUGACUUUAUUCUUGUUCAGAACCCACCGUCGAUUCCAACCUUGGUUAUUGCACAGCUCGUGUCUGUGCUUCGUAAGGCAUGGCUCGUCAUUGACUGGCACAAUUUUGGAUAUACUAUUCUAGGUAUGACACUCGGCAUGAAUCAUCCUGUGGUACGAUUCGCAAGAUGGUACGAGCAUCGAUUUGGACAACGAGCGUAUGCUCAUUUAACCGUGACGGAUGCGAUGCACCAAGAGAUCAAAACACACUGGAAGGUUCAAGGAAAGAUCAUGACCGUACGAGAUAAGCCGCCGGUUGAAUUCAAACGACUAUCGAUGGAACAAAUCCAUCGUCAAUUUACCUUCUCACUCAAGAUCAUUGAAGACCUUGUUAGACAGACGCAAGACGGAGACAUUUUUUUGGGCAGCUACAACGAUUCCCAAAAUGGAACAUUGUUAUGUGACGCAGAUCAAGGUGGAGGGUUGAUCUGGCGAAAAGACCGACCAAAGCUUAUCGUCUCAUCUACCUCUUGGACCCAGGACGAGGAUUUCUCGAUCUUGCUGGAUGCCAUCCAGCUCUAUGAACACUCUGCUCGUCCUUCGGAUCCAAAUUUACUCUUUGUUAUCACAGGUCAGGGACCUCAAAAGGCUUAUUAUCUCGAAAAGAUUCAACAGAUGAAGCUCGUCAAGACAAGAGUGGUCACUGCUUGGUUGGAGGCAAGUGAUUAUCCGCUCUUGCUGGGUAGCGCCGAUUUAGGCAUCUCUCUUCAUACGAGCUCAAGUGGUCUAGAUCUGCCAAUGAAAGUCGUCGAUAUGUUUGGUUGUGGCUUACCUGUCUGCGCAAUAUCGUUUCCAUGUCUAAAUGAGCUUGUUCAUGAUCAAGUGAAUGGACUUGUCUUUGAAACAAGUCAAGAUUUAUAUGAACAAUGGGUGGAAUUAUUUAUAAAGAACCCGGAUAAAUUAGAAAGAAUACGAUCCAAUGUGAUUCAAGAAUAUAAAGAGAAUACAUGGCAACAUCAAUAUAAACACAUACUUACCACGCUUUUCAAUCAACAUUGAUCCGGAGUUGACUAUGUUCGGCCUUUAAAAACAACGUGGCAAUUUUAAACAUUUACCUGGUAUGGAAACCAUGCUUAAAUAAAACAAUCAAACCGUUUGGAAUAAAAGAACUUUAUUUAAGGAGUCUGCGUGCGUGUAUCAUAUGUCAUCAUUUUUGGGGAGCGG